GGUUGAAAAGGUAUGCUUGAAAACAAUUUGGGUAGCCUUUAGUCACGUCAAGUAUUUUGUUCGUUGUGAUUGGAUAAGCAACGUUUCGCGCUCAUUAAAUAUUCAUGAGUCGCCCUUGCCAUUCUGGGAAGAAUUUCUCUAACGGGGUAUUCGUUCAUCUCAACGGAAAACAUUUGACAAGCAUGGCCUCCACUCCUCCGCACAAUUUCUCCUGGGUCGUGCCAGGCAAAUUGGCCGGGCUGGCACACCCCAGGAUGACCUCUGAAUACCAGUACCUGCUGGACAGUGGCAUCAAACACCUGGUUUGUCUGUGUGAAAGAAAACCACUUUAUUAUGACUCGUGCCCAGAGUUAAAGCUGCACCAUAUUAAGGUAGAGGACUUCACGCCUCCUUCUCCAAGCCAGAUUGAAAGAUUUCUCUCUAUUGUGGAAGAGGCCAACUCCAAAGGGGAGGGUGUUGCAGUUCACUGCAUGCAUGGUCACGGAAGAACAGGAACCAUGUUGGCCUGCUACCUGGUGAAGUCGGGGAAGAUGUCUGGUAUCGAUGCCAUCAGUAGGAUCCGCAAAUUGCGCAAAGGCUCGAUCGAGACUCGUGAACAAGAGAAAGCCGUGAUGCAGUUUUAUCAGCGCACGAAGUAAGAUGAAGUAACGAUGCUGUUGGGAAGCAAACAGGGCAGCGGUUUUGACAGUUCAUAAGCUUAAAAUAAGUGGAAGAAGUACCUCAGUUGUAUGGCAAAAUGAAAUUUAUUAUCUUGAAAUAGGAAAGACAAGAACAGAUGUGUAAACAGGUGACGUCCUGGACCACAAUGCUGAACUGAACAUGGACAUUUCUCUGAAGACAAGCACGGCAUGUGCAGCCUGCCUGUCACUUUGAGAACACAUUACUUCUGCUGACAGACACGUUCCUCCUUUGAGGUCUGUGUUAUGCACCUUCGUUUAUGCACUGGAUGCCACUGAAAAGAGACGCUGACGUUCCUUGAAUGUGAGUUUUUCUGGAGCUGAUGCUCUCUCCAUUUUCUCCUUCUGAUUUCUGUAAAUGAACAGCAGUUUUAGCAGGAGUACUUGAAUCCCAUAAAUGGGGAAACACAAACGGGAGCCUGAGCUGUUUUUAACUGUACUUAGUGAGUGUAGUCUGCAGAUUUAUUUGACUUUCCAAAACUUUUUGGAAGAAAUAAAUCAUUGCAAUACAAUUGGGGUAAAUGAAGAAGCUCGUUGUGAUUACACAACUGUGUCGUGAGGUCAUAAUGAGUCGAAAUGCUGCCUAAUUAGCUGCUCAUAUGUGCAUAACGUAUAAUUAGCUGCUUUGGAACCAGAAAGUUUAAACUCACUCUUUUGAAGCCAUGUUGUUAAUGUCUUCAGUCGGCCCACUUGCUCUUUGAUCUGCCAAAGUAACAGAAAUGUUGUGAUGUACAUUAAAAUAAGAUGUCUGAUGACCACAGACCUUUUUGUAUAGAUGAAAAUGACAGUAAAAUGUAAAACUUUCUUACAGAAUAUUUACCUGUCUUUGCCUUGUCUUCCUUUUGGGAGAGAUGCUGCUUUUCUAACUCUCUCAGUUCAGUGUUGCCGUUCCCAGCAGAGCUUCUCCUGUUCUAACAAUGGAAAAAAAAUUAAAUAAAUAAUUUAAAUCUAA